GAAGAAUUUUGGAACAACAUCAUUCAGAGAUUUAUGUAUGUAAUGUCGCUUUAAAUUAAUGACAAUUUUAAUGGACGUUUCUGCUACUGACCGUGUCACUCAAAAACAGUAUUGCCAACUUAGCUAUUUUGGUACUAGAUCUGGCACUAUUUUCAUAAGGUUAGCUUUUAUCACCUAGCAUCAAAUCUAGCACUACCUAUUUAGAUCUUAAUUUAUUUUCUGCAUAGUUAGAUUUUAUAGGUAAUGUCAAAUAAAAUGAAAUGCGGAGAGAUUUAAAGAUGAUUAGAAAGACGAACGACGUCUCUACGUUACGAAAUAAAUUAGGAAUCUGAAUAUUUCUAUCUCCCAUUAUCCCACGCACGAUCUUACAUAAAAAAAUCGGUUUCAGAAGAUUCUUACUGUGAAGAAGAAUGAUAACUUUUAUUUUUAUAUUAAAAAAAUAGAAACGUAAGUUGUGCUUUUCCUUUAUUUUUGUAUAAGUAAAAAUAAAAUUGUUUAGUAUAUACAAUUUUUUUGGAUAUCCCUAGCAAUAUAAACACUUUACGUAACGAGUUGGCAACACUGACCAAAUAAUAAUUAAGAGGGCAACAUUAUUUUCCUGGGCAACGGUAGGCAAGAUGAUUUAUAAACAAAAAUGAGCUUACAAAAUGCCAAUUACAUACAUAUUUGUGUUUAAUUUUGAAAUGGAAAUAUAGUGAAUUAUCAUAUAUCUGUACUAAGCUAUAGUGUUUUCUCGGAGUUAGAUUCAGACUUUCCGUCACAAUGGCUUCAAUCAAUGGUCGCGACCAAAAGAUAGAACAGCAACGUCAAUUAAUGGAGCAGAAAAUGAAACAAAAGCGGCAACAUUCGGGUAUGGUCCAAGCCAACGAUCUUAGGGUAGGAUCAGCUAAGCGCCCUAUAUCUGGAAGUCGAUCCAGGGAGCUCCACGGUAAGUCUCCUCUGAUAUAUAAAUUGUUUUCUCCCUUUUUAUAUGUACUUCAUUUUCUCAACAUCUUUUUUUUUUUGUUUUUCGUUUUAAUUUUGUUAUGCGCCUUUAAUUUUUUUGCGACAGGCUAUGAUGGUCCGAUGCAAUUUCUCAUGUCACCCGUCAAUCCAGAUCAAGUAAUUCCACUCCAAACAAAUAGAAUAUCAACUUAUGAUGGUGAGUAAAUGCUUUACCGAGUAUGUUGUAUUUAUUAGUUGAUAUAUUUUUAUUUAUAUAAUUGAUUUAUUACUUCUAUAGAGCAUGUCUACUUUAUUAUGUUUAUAUACUUAUAAAACAACCCAAUGACCUAUUUAGAUGUCAAAUUGACAAUUUGACAUCAAAGUAGGUCAAAUUGAUGUGCUAUGAAUGGUCAUACAACAUAAAUAAAAACUUGCAAAGCCAUAAAUACAUAUUACGACUUUUGGA